GACCAAAACAAGAGAGGACUUGGGAAAAAAGAAAAAAAAGACUAAAGCACCUUCCGGGAAGGGUGGGUUUCCCCGAGCUGCUUUGGACAGGAUUGAACACAAAAAAAGGUUAAUAUGGGUGUGAAAAGUGUCAUUAAGAAUCUGGACGCGUUUCCACGCGCCGAGGACCAUUUGAUGCAGAAAACUCAAUCUGGGGCUCUUGUUUCGAUAAUUGGUCUAAUAAUAAUGGCGACAUUGUUUCUGCACGAGCUGGGUUAUUAUCUUACAACUGACACUAUCCACCAGAUGUCAGUAGACCUGAAGCGUGGAGAAACUCUUCCAAUCCAUAUAAACAUGACAUUUCCUUCUUUACCUUGUGAUGUUUUAAGUGUAGAUGCCAUUGAUUUGUCAGGCAAGCAUGAGGUGGAUCUUGAUACAAACAUAUGGAAACUUCGCUUGAACAGUUAUGGCCAUAUAAUUGGCACUGAAUAUAUAUCUGAUCUUGUCGAAAUGGAACACACCGCUCACAGUCAUGAUGAUGAUAAAGAUCAUCAUGAGCAUUCAGAACAAAAGAUUCAUUUACAAACCCUUGAUGAAUCUACUGAAAAUACUAUCAAGAAGGUGAAGGAAGCAUUAAGCAGUGGGGAGGGAUGCCGGGUUUAUGGUGUUUUAGAUGUUCAAAGGGUUGCUGGAAAUUUCCAUAUUUCAGUGCAUGGGCUAAAUAUAUAUGUUGCACAAAUGAUCUUUGAUGGAUCAAAGAAUGUGAAUGUAAGUCACAUUAUCCACGAUUUGUCAUUUGGUCCCAAAUAUCCAGGCAUUCACAACCCACUUGACGGGACAGAAAGGAUUCUGCAUGAUACAAGUGGAACAUUCAAAUAUUAUAUAAAGGUUGUUCCAACCGAAUAUAGAUAUAUCUCAAAAGAAGUUCUACCAACUAAUCAGUUUUCCGUUUCAGAAUAUUAUUCUCCUAUUAAUCAGUUUGAUCGGAACUGGCCAGCUGUCUACUUUUUGUAUGAUCUCUCACCCAUUACUGUCACUAUCAAAGAAGAACGCCGCAGUUUUCUUCAUUUUAUUACUCGGCUUUGUGCAGUGCUAGGUGGAACCUUUGCUUUAACAGGGAUGAUGGACCGUUGGAUGUUCAGACUUCUUGAAGCUUUAACUAAUCCAAAGUCUAAACGGUAGAUCAGGAAGUCAUUGCAAUUUUUAGCAGCUCCCGUGCAUCUCCAAGGGAUUUCAGGCACUAUAUGGAAUUUUUUACCACCUUCGAUUCAAAAUAUAGUGGCAUAGUUGAAUCAAGCAUUAACUUCUGAACUUUCAGACUCGUGUUCAUGCUAUUCCUUGUAUUGUCUGAAAUCAACGACUAGCCAAUCUUAAUAUCUUUUCUUUUGGAGUGGAUGUUUUGGGGUUCAGUUUGACAGUCAACAGCAUUGUCAUAGCAACCAUACCUGUGAAAUUUUGAAUAUAGUGAUUAGAUAGAUUGUUAAUUUCUCAUAAUUGUUGUAACUCCGUGUGGAAAUCCGUAUUACAUUAUCGUAAACUUGCAUAGGACCUGAGAGCGACAGAUUGCUGUUAGUGCACAUUUGUUUAGUCCUCUCUCUUUUGUACUAGGAAUAAACUAAAUUUUUAUUAUUGAUAAUGAAGAA